AUGUACGAUGUGGGUUUUGAGCUUGGAAAGGGAGGGCAAGGCACUGUACACCUUGUAAGCUUUAGAAUGGGUGGUAAGUUGCUAGCGGCUAAGAGCUUCGAGAGGUCGGGUGAGAGAGAGAAGGAAAUCAUGCUCAAACUCAAUGGCUGCCAUGGUACACUAGAGAUCUACGACAUGGUCGAGGAGGAGCGCAAGGGCCGCUGGUGGGGAUCCCUAAUCUUGGAGCUCUGCUCGUGCACUCUCCGGGACAGGCUCAAGAUGGUGGGGAGGCUGGCGGAUGACGAGGCGGCGUUUGUGACCAAGAGCCUGGCCGAGACGCUGAGGGAGAUGCACAACCUUGGGGUGGUGCACAGGGAUAUGAAGCUGGAAAACGUUUUGCUGACGCAUCCAGCACAACCUUACGAGGUGAAGCUGUCUGACUUUGGGGUUGCGACUGACCGGGCAGACGAGAUGCACCACCUUUGUGGCACCCCUGGGUAUAUGUCGCCAGAUGUUCUCAGGGCUGGUGAGGGCGGAUGGCCGAAAUACUACACUCAAGCGGUGGACGUUUGGGGGCUCGGACUCAUUCUAUAUGAGCUCGUUAGCGGAAGGGUGGCGUUCCCUGAAUACCACUCUGAUUAUGUGGAGUUAUUGCUGAAAAGCGUGGACAAUGUGGAGUUUGCAUUGGAUUGGAGUGAUCUGUCGAGCGAGGCAAAGGAUUUGAUCAUGGGGAUGUUGGAGGUUUAUCCGAGCCGGAGGCUGACGGUGGAGCAAGUGCUUGGUCACCCCUGGAUCUCAGGGAUCUCCCUCAUCAAAGAGAAUGCCACACCAGUGGAAAAGGGGCGUUGCUUCCACUUCCUUCUCGCUUCAACCAUCUCGGCAUUUGGAUUGGCAUGGUGUCUAAUAGCAUUUCUUGAUAACGGUCAGGGAAAAGCUCUAGAGGCCAAAAAGCUCAUGCUCUCUAUGUGGAUGAUCUUCUUUGCGAGCUUGUCCGUGAUGAUGACACCACUCCUUUUCAGCCUCCUCUAUGUUGUCUACGACUUUAGCGACGCGAAGGCAUCGUGGUCGACCAUGGGUGCGUGUUUUCUCGUCGGCAUUCUAAUCCUCGUUGGUUCCUACGUGAAAAAGCUGAUGAGAAUUCCUGUGAGGGGCAAUUAUAUCACGCUCCUGAUCAUCCUCGCUGCUAAUUUGUAUGGUUACACCCUAUACAAGAAGUGA